GUGGUUGUCGACAGGUGGCGCUAUUCAACAUGGCUGCCUCCACUGCGAAAUUUCCUUCAUUCAUCAAGUCCAAACUUUCGACGAAAGUUUGCAUUGUCGUCUUCAUUUUAGCGAUAAUUUUCUCACAGAUCAGAUUAGUGGUAAUGGUAGGCCUAUGUAAAGUUACCUGUGACACCUUGCCUUUGCCUCGGACGUACGUUGUUUACCGUCUGCAGCCGGGUGAAGUUAUCGAGGUAGACGGCAAGUUGGUCGACAAAGCCUGGACCGAAAUUUCUCCCACUGAGCCGUUUGUUGACAUUCAAGGAAAAUAUUUUCCCAAACCUCGGUUUGAGACAUGGGCCAAGCUGCGAUAUGACGACACCUACCUUUACAUUGGCGGCUAUCUGCAGGAGACAGAUGUCUUUGCAAACCAAACCAAACAUGAUUCCGUUGUUUUCAAAGACAAUGAUUUUGAGGUUUUCACUGAUCCAGAUGGAAGCACACACUGGUACAAAGAGUUUGAAAUUAAUGCCAUUAACACCACAUGGGAUCUCAUCUUGAAUAAGCCUUACAUCAAUGGCGGCUCUCCUAACAGCGGCUUUGAGAUGCCAACUAUGAAGAGCGCCAUCUAUGUUGAUGGACCUGUCAAUAAUCCACUCAUUAAUGAUUCUUACUGGACCGUUGAGCUUGCCUUGCCUCUGAAAGACCUGGUUACGAAUGACAGUGUGGCCAGGGCACCGCCUAAGAAUGGGGACCAGUGGAGAAUCAACUUCAGCAGAGUGGAGUGGCAUGUUAGAAAUGUCAACGGACAUUACGAAAAGGUGCCAGGUCUUCCUGAAGAUAACUGGGUCUGGUCACCACAGCACGUCAUCAAUAUGCAUCUGCCAGAAAGAUGGGGAAUUAUUCAGUUCAGCACAGACAAGGUAAAUGGUAGCAAGUUCAUGCGAGAUCCCAAGUGGCCCAUGUAUAGCAGUCUGGUGGCGGUAUACAAUGCUGAAAAGAUAUUCAAUGCCAUAGCUGGUUACUACACAAGCAACCUUACUCAGUUGGAACUCCCCAGCUAUGUGACCGAGGGACUGUGUGCUGGCAAGCCACAAAUCACGGUCAUCAACAACUACAAUUUCAACGCCACAGUCAAACCACUGGACUCGACUUUGCCUACUGGCCAUGUCCGAGAUGAUAGAUACAUAUGGUUUUCUUAAGGUUGCACAGUACGUCUGAAAUAUUGCAGCAAUUUUUUUUUUUUUAAAUAAGCAUUUUGAGGACACCUCAACCACAGAUUCUGACUUCUGAUUGGGUGAAAGUUUGUCACAUGAUAUUUUCUCGCCUCAUACUGAAAACUUUUGUGAGUAAUCUUAGUGACCAGUUAAACGUCUUUGUGUGUGUUUUUCUGACACAAAGGCCUUUUCGCACAAGACAAAAUUCGGGCUUGAUGAUGCAGGAUUGAUCAAGGGUUGAAAACGUGCGGCGUUUCACACUUGAACAUUUUUAACCCUGCGCCAACCCUGCGUCAACCCUGAGACUGGUUUCACCCGGGUUGAGCUCAACCUUGCCCCAAACCAGGGUUGAGAUUUUCAACCCAGGUUGAAACUCAGGUUCCAAACAGUAGUACCUGAGCAAAAUAAGCGAUGAGGGUUGAGCUCAACCUUGCCCCAAACCAGGGUUGAGAUUUUCAACCCAGAUUGAAACUCAGGUUCCAAACAGUAGUACCUGAGCAAAAUAAGCGAUGAGGGUUGAGCUCAACCUUGCCCCAAACCAGGGUUGAGAUUUUCAACCCAGGUUGAAACUCAGGUUCCAAACAGUAGUACCUGAGCAAAAUAAGCGAUGCGGGGUUAAACAGGGGUUUGAAAAACCAAAACCUGAACCUGUAUCAAAUAAACAUGGAAUGCUCAUUAGAAGGCUGAUGAGAUCAGCUUGGCUAGUUUUGCUAUAUCACCGAACCAGUGCAUAUUUUUGUAAGAUAUCUUGUUUGCAGCAUUGUGCAAAACAGCUUUUAGAAAGUUUUGUACGUGUAUGUCAUUUGAAAUGAAGUUGUCUUAAUUUCCUCAAAAAUUCAAUGCGAAUGCAAAGGCUUAAAGCUAGUAGAAUGCUGUUGGAAAGAGAAAUGUGGGAUAUUGGCAAAUCUUAAUCUUAAAAAUCUGUGAGACAGGAAAAAAAUAUAUAGAAUGGAAAAAGUGUACAAAUAAUGAUUUGGGAGUGCAAUGGUAAGAAUAAUUUUAUGAGGUGACAGCUGGAAUAUUCGCUUUCACGAGGCGAAGCCAAGAGGAAUGGAACAUUCGUCUGUCACCGAAUUAAAUUACUCUUUCCACUGCACGAAUGUGAAACAGUCUUUAUAUGUUUUAUACAACACUUGAAUAAAUCCUAUUCAUCUGAUUGGUCAGCGCCACCAAAAGGCUGACCGUCAAUGGAACUUCCAUUUAACGUGGAAUGGAAUUUCUAUUUUUGCGAUGCUGCUGCGUCGUAUAAUUUAGUGACACGUGAUGAACGACACACCAAUCAGAUGACGGGAAUUUACUGGGACGUUGUAUAAAACAAGAUAAAAUUACAACUUGUUCAUUGCCAAUAUGUGUGGUACUUUCUUUACAUUACAAAUUUCAAUUGAAAGCUAAUUAAGGUUUAUUUAAGUUAUAUUUGUCUACAAGUUUUUUUGUUUUUUUAAAUUGUAAACGGUCGUAAAUGAAAUGUUGAACUCUGAAAAACCUGUAUCAGUGCUCGACCAACUGAACUAGCUUACCCGAAGUUGAUCAGUUUCAAAAUUUGUCAGCGUCACAUCAGGGGCGGAUCCAGGAAUUUUUGAAGGGGGCGUGUUCAUCAGCAUAAAAUUAGGAAAUGUAGACAGGUUUUUGUCUCCGGCCUCCGAAAAUCAAUGGGGGGGGGGG